ACUUAAUUUGUUUAUAAGUAUAAAAGUGAUUUACAUUUUACAUUGUAUUUUUGUAUACAUAAUUGUUUUAAAAUAAUGAUGACAUAGCAAAAUAAUGAAGAAAUUCCUAUACGAAUACAAAGCGCUGCGAAGCCGGUCAUUAACUGAAACGUCAAAAAGGGAACGCGUAACAGUGACCACAACUGCUCACAUAACCCCGCCGUCGUCUCCCACUCCCAACGAGCCGUCCCACCAGGGGACCAUCCGCACCGAGGAGUACAAACGGGACCUAGCGGAGUUCCAAGCGCGACGCUCUUCAGGCAGCAAGGAUCUGGAGACCCCGACCAAGAAGAAAUGCGGUCGCCACUCCCUUCCCGUCUCUUGCACAGACUGCACCGGGGACCCCGACGCUACCUUCAACUACGAGAAAAAGUCCGCGAUAAAAUACAAAAAGAAAUCCCAGAAGCGUACCAGAAAUGCGCACUCAGAAGAGAAAGUCUUCGACGGAGUCCCGAACGUUCAAUUCCUGUUUCAAAACCAGGUCUUUAUGCCCGGAAAUAUGUUCGGUGCGUCGUUUUCUGAGCCGCGCAGAAGUAGACAUUCCACCCAAAGAUCUCCGGAUUUUCUAGUCCAGAAGCAGAUAGACUUUAAAGACGACCAACCACCGUCUCCACCGCUCUUCUACAGAAACAAUUCCCUGCACAUUAAUCUUAAAGAAGUGAGCGACCACGAGGAAGUAGAUGGAGUGAACGCGAAGGAGUCUAGUCAGAGUUCUGGAAGUCAGAAGAACGACAGCUGUGAAGAGAAGCUGUGGGAGGUGAUGAGCGAACUGAAGCACCUGGACCAGUGGGCUGAUGACCAGCUCUUACAGGCACCGUCUUUGAACACGAGCAAGUCUGAUGAUAACAAGAGUGACACAAGCGCGUUCGGUCUGCCGAUAGCCAGCGCGUGCAGUCUGAACGUGAGCAUAGAGAAGAGCAAGAGCUGGAGCCAGGGCCGCUGGGGCGUGGUGCCCGUGCAGCUCAAGCGGCUGGCCGGGGUCACCGUGGAGCACGUCAGGAAGAAACAGUGCAUGGAGAUAAACAUACUGAGAAAAUGUCGCCAUCCAAACAUCAUACUACUCAUGGGACUGUAUCCGGACGUGCAGAACAAUAUUCACAUCAUCUGCGAGAGAUGUAAUGACUCUUUGUUCGGUAUUCUUCAUGUACAGGGCCGCAUCCUAAGCGCGCAAACGUCGGUCCACUACGCGUUGGACAUCGCCAACGCGCUGGUGUUCCUUCGCAUGCAGGGCUUUGUGCACACGGAACUGUCCAGCAUGAGCGUCAUGGUCACCGCGCACGACACCGCCAAGCUGACCGACGUUGGACCCUGCGCCAGACUGCAGACCAACAAGAAACAACCGAAGAAACCAUAUCAGAACUACUCGCCUGAGCCGAAGUACGUCAAUUUGACUGACACUCGUGAUUCCACACCGGAAUCCGAGCCCCUGAUCUCGCAGCGGUCCUCCGAGGCUUACAUCGCCUCCAACGCUGUGCCCAAGCACUACAAAGCGUACUCCGAGUCUGAACACUACCGCUGGCAAGCGCCUGAACUCUUCGAGCCAGAUGAGGAUGGUCUGGUGUACCCUUGCUCGAAGAGUGACGUGUACUCUCUUUGUGUUAUGCUGUGGGAAUGCUGUAAUGCUGUCCUGCCUUGGAAAUCACUGUCCUAUGAGAAACUUAAGGAGAUGUACACACUGUGGAAGAUUGGAGUCACUCUACCGCAAGACGGCACUUAUCCGGGCUCCUUGCUGUCGUUGCUACAACAAGGUCUUAUGCUCAAUAGAGAUAAUCGGAUCGAUUUGGCUUCACUGCAGUCCACUUUACAGGCAGUUCAGUUAAAUCUCGACGAAAUCGAAUACAUAAUAAUACCAGCUAGACUGUCCAAAAAGAAGAGCAGUUUCAGCACACAACCAUGGGACACGACUUCGCCUACCGACUCCGACUGUGUCAGUCCCAAGAACAUCCAACAAGUAGCAGAUGUACAAAUACACGCACGAGGCAGCUACACCUCGACCGAUAGCGACAAACUUAGAAGCCCCAUAUACGACACAAUACGUCAAGCCGACGAAAAAGAUGCAUUUUCAACCGAAAAAUGCUUCAUUUCUGAUGAAGAACCAUCAGAAAACAUCCCAUUGCCCAAAUACGAUCAUUUACAAGAGAAAGAUUUCUCAAGCGCCUGUUCCACUCCAGUAGCGAAGCUGCGCGCUAGGAUCAAAGAUAUAGAGUCACCGGGAACGUUACACAGAACAGAUUCAACCGAAUAUUGCAGUAUACUCAGCCCGGAUGUGAGGAACUUUGGUCUUAAUAACGAGAGCAGUAAAGACCAGAGUGCCGAGCGCUCUACUGCCAAAUUCAGUUGUAGUUUCACACCAAAAUCCUAUAAACCUUUGCACAUCAAAGUGCCUGAAUGCAAUUUCGAUUCUAUAAAGAAUAUGAUAAAAGAUGGAACAGGUUCUGAACGUUCGUCGUACAAUUUUGAUAUAAAGAACUAUAGUUUGCCAACUACGCCUAUUGCUAGGAGCAAUAAACUGAGGAAGAACGCUUGGCUGUCCGGCGAUUUGACUGUAAACAAGUUUAAUUUUAACAAGGAUGAAUCUGUUACGCCUAGUAAAGAUAUUGAUACCCAAAAGACUGAACCAGUAGUUAUUUCUAGAAAUAUUAGUAUGGAGAAAGAAAAAAAAUCCGACAUACAGUCCUCCAAUGAACUGGAUCGGAAGGAAAGUGUUUCGUGCGAAAGCAUCAACACAUUAGCAACUCGACGAGAUAGUUUUACGGGUCUUAGAAGAAUAACGAACCCACCUCACGACUUCUCGCCUGACUCCAUAGAGCCGCCCGUGUUGGAGCGAGCCAAGUCCCUCAACUGUAUGAAAAACGUCGGAGUGACCAAGUACAGGGUGGAGGAGGAUGUUCUCGCCAAUGUCAACGUCAAACCCCUGGUGGCUAUACACGAGAAGUGGAUAUACGAGGCGAAUAAGAAGACGGGCCGCUCUUUGUCGCUACCUGACGAAAACAAGAGUACAGUGACAGCAGUGAAGCCCGCGUCGCACUGCGUGGACACCCUACAGAAGUCCCUUCCUCAGCUGAGCACGCUGCGCCCGAGCAAGCCGUUCCGACUGCAGCCCGCGCCUGUAACCGGAAAGAACGGAAGCCAUUGGGAACAAUAUUGUCAAGCACGAGAUGCUAUUGCAAAAAGCAUGAAAUUUUCACCUAACGAUAAUGCUGUGAUGAAAAAGGCUUCAGAAAAAGGAACCAUAACUGAAGAUGUAAUUAAAGAAACAAUGGUAGACCGCGCUACAGACACUUCGGGCAUCGAAGACUUUAUAAAAGAACUCAUUCGCAAAGAGUUUCAACAUCUAAUCAGCGAAAUAUCGGAUAACACGUCGGAAUCGACCAAUUGCAAAAGCGACGAAUUGUUCAACAAAGGAGUUGCCAGUGUUAUAGAAUCUCUAAAAAGCGAUGAUGACAGCAAGAAGGAUUCAAUGAAAUCCUUUUCGCGUAUAAAAAUUAACGGCAACAACAAACCGUUAUUGCAAAUAACGUUUAGUCGCACCGGUGAGAACAGUUUGCAAGUACUCGACAACUGUGUGAAUGUGACUAUAGCUGACCCCAGCAGUGGGAGUGGGAGUGGGAAAGACAAACUCAACCUGUCCAUGGAAGACGCGCUGACGGCAGAGGAGAUUCAUAUCAACACGUUGAAACGUUGCCAAGCUUUUAAUGCUAUUCAGGAAGCUCGCAGCACGGAGGACUUGUACAUAGAUGACGACCUGUCGACUCACAUGCAAGAGAACUUCGGCGGCAAGGUGAAACUGAUCCCUCUGCACGGCUCGCUGCACGAGAUAUUAUGCGAGAGAGAGGACGACUGUUGCCUGCUUAAGGUGAAGCAGGAGAACGGAUGCGACACGAUCUACUUCCGCUGCGACAACUCGGACAGCGAGUCGCGCGACGCGCUCGACGGCGGCGAGCGGCCGAGCGACACCGUGGUGUUCAAGCGGAGCAUCUCGCUCAUCGAGGAGCGCAUCCAGCGAGUGCUGCCCAAGGACAAGCGGCCCGCCGCCGCGCGCAGGAAGCUCGCCGACAAGCUCAAGGCGCGCCCCAAGUCUGAAGUGUUCGCCAAAGCGUUCAGCAAGGAGACCCGUGCUCUGAGCAACAGCAGCCCCUCGCUGUCGACGGCGAACGGCCCCGCGGACGAGGUGGAGCUGAACAUCGAGAGCGUCAUGUGCUACCAGGACUCCUCCUCCGACGAGUGCCUCAAGUGUCCCGUCGACAAUGACGAUUUCGAGACUCUGGAGCGAGAGAUAGAGGAAGACAUAGCUAACAACCUGUCUUCGCUCACAUGCGGCUGUCUCGAGAAGAUAUCCGAGGAGAACCUCUCCGUCAUAAACGAGGAUACAACUGACGACUACUGAUGCUGUUGAUUCAGAGACUAUUAGAUGAUAAUUCACAAUCACAAGUGAUCAAGUAGGUACAAUAACUGUAUUACGAGAAAAUUGUACAUACUUGAAGAUUUCUAAUACAUAGGUGUGAUUGGCUUGAAUCGAUCGAUCUUGUAAACAAAUUUUCAUCUUAUUAACUUGGCUCUCUUUGUAGCUUCAAUUCGGCAUCCGAAAUUGGAAAAGCUCUCUUUGUAGCUUCAAAUCGGCAUCCAAAAUCGGAAAGGCUCUCUUGGUAGCUUCAAAUCGGUGUCUAAAAGUGGAAAGGUUCUCUUUGUAGUUUCAAAUCAGCGCGCAAAAUUUUACUUUAUCCGCUAGUGAAGAAAUGUAAUUUGAACUCGAACAUUCACAAUGGGAAUGUUCUUAAAUUUUUCUUGCAUAUAAUUUCCUACUAUUUCACACACUUUAAUGAGAUGGAAAGUUGUGUGUUUCGUCCUGCUGCUUUAUGUACUUGCUUCUCAUGUCGUUUAAUCCCUCGCUGUGUUCAGGAUUCUAUUUUUCAAUACCAGAAAUUUUCGCUGACAUAACAAUUGCAGGAGACAAUAAGUUUUCAGUCUAACUGAAAAUUUGGCAACCAAAAGUUGGACACGUAGAAGCAAAGCUUCUCGAACUUUCGAAAUAUCGGCAUUUCUUUUAAAAUAUUUUUAAAAUACAUAUAUAAAUUACUAAACCGGCAGGAUCCGAACUAGCUUAACACAGAAAUCUAUUUUGACUUGUCUAGUCCAAAGUGAUUUUUGACUUGAUUGUUUUUGAUUCAAGUCCAUUUCAUGCUUAUGUAUUUUCUGUUACAAUAUUCUUUUUUCUAAUAAUAGUUAUAUUUCGGCAUUAGAUGCUGAUUCCGUGGCUGGCCGUCCACUGUUUAAGUACAAAGAAUUAUUAAAAGAAUCUUUUGAAUCAUGUUAUUGAAUCACAGUGGCAUUUAUGGCCGAUAAUUUCUUUAAGAGUGUGUGUCAAUCGUUCGCAUUUAUUUUUUCGUAUCACUCUAGUAAUUUUCAGACUGCUUCCUCAGACCAAUUACCUUCUAUUGGACUUGUAUCGCACUCAAAUUCAUCAACAAAAUUGUCUGUCGUUCACACAUGGAAAAUAUUUAACACCAAUAUAUGACCAUCCUUACACUACACACAACUAUAAAUUUUAAAUCGUAAUACACCCACGUGUAAUUUUAACACAAUGAAAGUGAUUCUAGUCGCAGUAUAAACACGUUGGAUCGUGAUCAUAUAUGUUUGACCAGGGGCUGCCAUCCUAUCAGCCGUAUCAUAUAUAUGGGGCCCCCGGACUACAGAGCCCCUUACAUGUGAAAACAAAAAUUAGUAAAAUGUAAUAAUCCACAAUCUCCUUUUCCCCUGGUUGAAAGUUGGAAUCAUCCUACUCAGGUUAUGUCACUGUCAUAUUUACCUACUUUAAGGCAGCAUUUUUGUUUCUUUUGUGUGAAAUCUUUACCCUUCAUUUGGGCUCCCCAACUAAUUUUGAAACAGAACCCCUUCAAGGCACGCUUUUGACAGAUGGUUAACGUCUAGCGAGGCAGCCUCCCUAGCCAAGUGGCAUGUCGAUUCUCUUUCUACGAAAACUAGAAAAAUGUAUGGGAAUGACAGAUCUUGAUCACGUGACCUGUCGAUAGCAAAUGUCAUUCCCAUACAUUUUUCUAGUUUCUAGAGAAUCGACAUACCACUUGGCUAGGGGGGCUGGUCCAGGUCCUAUAGUAAUUGGUCUGAGCCUAUAUGCGAUGCGCGCCACAGAUCUCUCGCCAUAACUAAUACCGUCCAUUACGUUGUUGGCAUUUAGGAAACCCAAAGAUAUUUUACGUUUUUUUAUAGGUUUUCUAUUAAGGAUUUUUUUUCACAUUUUAAUCCUAUAUAUAAUUUUUUUUUGUAAAACCUAGUGAAAGGCUAUGUGAUGUUAGAUUAAGUAGCACAAAACAUUCCACUGUUGUGAUUUUAGAUUAGUUUUUCACCAUUUUAUUUAUAUUGUACUUUUCACUGUUUAUUUUAUCUGUAUUAAAUCGGUUUUAGACGGUCCAUUAUAUAGCACCAUAAUGAUUAAGACUGGACGUUCACUUAAUAAUUGAUCUUACAAUCUGAAACAUACGUAGUUUCAGAUUGUAAGAUUUAAUAUUGUAAAAUAUAACGUACUUUUUGUUUUUGUGAAUUUGGCGAAAUUAGUACCACAGAUGUAGCGACUGAUUUUUUAGACAUAAACAGAGUACAAUUUGACGAAUGCGUCAAUAUUAUUGAAAUUCGUAUCUUUGUUUUUUUGAUCUCAAAAAAUCGGUCACCGAUUGUCGGACGUCUCAUACUGAUAUACCUCAAUAUUUAACUUUUGGUGCUGAAUUAAUUGGAGAUAAUUUAAUAUGUUCGUGUUUAAAAAAAAUCUACUUUAUUUGAACCGUCUAAUUCCUCUUUUUUUGUAUCUUUAAUUUCUUGUACUAUUUAAAAUUCAUCUUUUGUAUGCGCCAAAGGAUAGUUUCAUAUAAUCUUUACACACUGUUUUCUAAAAUAGAAAUUUUAAAAAGAUCUAAUUAUUUAUAGAAACUAUUUAAAGAGAAUUGUUACUCAGGUGUGUAGUUGAUUUUAGAAGUGAUUUGUUAAAAAGAAAUAAUAAAACUUCGUUACUGAU